GGCAAGAUCCCAAGUUGUUUGACUUUAAAAAGGCUUCUGCUUUAUUUUAAAUUACUCCGAUGGAUUUUUAUAUGUAUUGAUAGAAUGUUUGUUUUAAAUUGUUUUGAAAAUGUUGUAUAUUCGGAUACCAAUCCAGUGGCACACCGGUCCGCGGUCUCACGGGUUUGGGUUACGCGGGUUGGGGUGUUACAUUUUGGUAUCGGAGCAUUUGGUUUUAAAAUCGGUCUUUGGACCCUUUCAAAAUAAAAUACAAUGAACAAUUCAGCCGCAUCUGCAUCUCACGUAACUCCUCUGCCCCGGGAAGAAUGAGUCAAGAAUCGACCCAUGGUCAGUACGUUCCGGAGCCGGAGCACGUGAGCGUGCACACGGUGAACACCGAGGGUUCGAGUUUCAUGCCUCCGAGUGACGGAGGGCAGCAACAGAAUCAACCUGAGCCAGCGGGACAGCCACCAGCUGUACCACCGCCAGUCGUACCACCUCUAGUGAUGCCACCGUUGGCGAUACCGCAGGUGGCCUACGAGCAGAUGUUCCCGGCCAUGAUGGCCCAUUAUAUGCAGCACAUGGCGCAGCUUAUGCCCAUGUUCCAGCCGCCACCACCGCAGCCGCAGCCGCGCAUCGUUACCUUCAAGACAUUGAAGGAUAAUGGAGCGGAAGAGUUUCGAGGAGACAAGAUGGGGGAGCCCCAGAUUGCGUUGGAUUGGCUUGAGCAGAUGGACCGGGUACUCAAGAAUUUGAGAGUCCCUGAUGCUGAUCGCUCGGAGUUGGCGUCACAGAUGUUCUGGAAGGGAGCAUAUGAUUGGUGGAAGCGCAUUGACCAAGAUCAACACACGCCCAAGCCUUGGACCAGGGAUCGCUUUGAUCGAGCUUUCACGAAGGAGUACGUCCCCAUCCGGUACCGCGACGAGAGGCGCGAUGAGUUCGUUGCGCUUAAGGAGGAGGGGAUGUCACUGCCUGAACUGAGACAGAUGUUUGACUACCUGUCCCAGUAUGCGACGAGUCUGGUCUCCACUCCGGAGGAUCGUUUGAAUGAGUUCGCCAAGAAGCUACGGCCGGACUUGAGGCCGUACGCCGCGCUGAUCACGACGACAGAUUUUAAUGCGGCGUAUGAUUUGAUUGUGAAGACGGCGAAGAGCUUGGACGAUUUGCAGGCGACCAAGAAGGAGGAUCGAGCGACGAAAGACCCGCGACCCGCGGCCAGCACCGGGCCGAGCGGGAAGAGUUUUGAAUUCGGGGGAAAGAGGCACGAGAAGGGUUCUUCGAGUGCGCCGCCGCCUAAGAGGAGUAAGUCGAAGCCGUCUCUGUCGGCCGCCGCUAGCAACGCGAUCAGAACGAGGAGCCACCCGCAGUGUGUACAGUGUGGUAGGCAUCACCCGGGCGAUUGUUGGCUCGCCCAAGGCUUAUGUUUGGGUUGUGGCCAGCCAGGGCAUUUCAGGAGGCAUUGCCCGACAAACCCUAGCAGCGAGCCUGUUUUUCCUAGAGCUCCGGAUCAGCCUGCCACAUCGCAUCCAGCACGGAGUCAGCAGUCUACAACCGCAAAUAAUCAGCAGAGACCACGUCCGCAGCAGUCAGGCCGUGCACCAGCGCGUACCUACGCCAUGCAGGGGCGCACAGAUCCUAGUCCCGAUGUUAUCUUGGGUACGUUCAUACUAUUUGAUUCGGUUAUGCAUGCCUUGAUCGAUCCGGGUUCCACGCUCUCCUAUAUCUGUGUUGGCAUGCCUGUUAAUUCUGCGAUCGUGAGGAGUGACCUUGAGAUACCUACCGUUGUAUCGAAUCCGCUAGGACAUAGCAUGCAUCUUCAUCACAUCUAUCAUAGGUGUCCGUUGUCCGUGCAAGGGAAGCAAUUCCCUGCAUAUUUGAUAGAGCUACCACACAAGGAGUUUGACAUUAUCCUUGGUAUGGAUUGGCUCACCGAGCAUAGAGCAGUGGUCGACUGCAGUUGUCGGACCGUACGGCUGAGAGCCGAGGACGGUAGCGACGUAUCACUCUCCGGGGAGGUGUUCCCCAAGGCUCCCGAGUUCAUAUCGUCCUUGAGUGCGAGGCGCUUGAUUCACAAGAAGUGCGAGAUGUUCUUGUGUCACGUUCAGGAUAUGCAAAAAGAAUCACCACGUGAGCAGGACAUUCGUACGGUUUGCGACUUCCCCGAUGUCUUUCCCGAAGACCUUCCUGGUUUGCCUCCGCCGAGAGAGCGCUUCAGUAACAUAGAUGAGGACUACGAUGUUCUGAUUAUGAGACUGUUACUUCUUGACGAAGGCUAUGUCUAGAAUAUCCCUAGUCGCACUUUAUGAUAAUACGGACGUCAUAACGUAUCAAGACUAGUACGUACGAGAUGAGAUAGUUGCGUCUCAUAGACUAUAGGUAUUGU